AUGCCUUUCGAAGCCUCGUUUUUGGUGUGUAAUUUCCCGAAUUUCCACGAAGAGUUGAUUAUCGACGGUCUGAAUUGUGAAGUUGGACAUGACUGCUUUAUCGUUCAUGCGCUAUCUAAUAUGAAGUUAAUACCACUCAUUUGUAUCGCCACCUUUGUAAGAAGUGAAAAAAGCUUCGAAGAGAAACUAAAAGAAUUAAACCAGUUACUCAAAAAUAAUUACGGCCCCAUCAAAAAGACUCUCGUAAAAGCAAUGGGUGACACAAUCGAAGAAGUUGAUCUGAACAGCGAAAUCGACAUGGCAUUGCUUCAAGGAGACAUAAUACUCACGAAAGAACAAUCUGACGAGAUUAUUCAAGACAUCAAGGAAAACGAAGUCAAACUUCUUCCUGAACAUUUUGGAUAUCGUGAGCAAGAACUGCUAACGUUGAUGCAUUACAAAAUGACAUUUUUUUCGCAAGUUGGGACCGCACUGCAUGAGAUCGGCCAUACCUUGGGACCACUCCAUACGCAGUCAAGACACGAUCGUGACGACUUCGAUGGCUGGUUGUCUCAAUUCAUAAAACAAAAUGAAAAUAGUAGCUACAACUAUAACCUUACUUACGAUUACGGAAGUGUUAUGCAUUAUACAGCGAGAUGCACUACACUAAUCACAUGGGACUUCUGUCAUUCCUCCAAGUACGAUGAGAAAUUGAGAAAACUGAUCUGCCCGCAAACUCUUGAGGACAAUACUGAACAAAUCGGAGUAAUACAGCUGCGCACUAGCAGCAGUACUCGUCUAGCCUUGGAUGCAAUGCUGAACAAAUCUGUGCAGCACACUAGCACGCUUGCAGCUGUGCUCAUCAUAUUCCGUAGAAUAAAAUUAGCGUUUAAAUAA